UAAAGCCCAACCUGAGACCUAGUGAAGGUCGGUCUGUCUACAGUCAGCGUUUCGUGGCGGUUCAUGACCAAGAAAGCAUGGAUUCCGACUGCCGCCGAAUCUAACUGCCCUUCCACUCCCAGUCGACCAACCACCAUCAACAGCAGCAGCAGCAGCAGAAGAAGGAGGAAUCUUCAAUGGUGAACAAAGCAUGGAAGAUAAUUCCAAGGCCACUUCUCGAGACCGUUCUUAACAACCAUGCCCAGCACCACCGCGUCCCUCAUCCUCUCGUUCUCCACGGACCUCGCGGCGUCGGAAAGACAACCCUCAUCCUCGAACGUCUGCUAGAGAAAUGGAACACUGCCCCUCAUGUUACAGGCUACGUUGACUUCGCUCAAUCAAUUGAAGAUCACCACCCACACUAUGGACAUUCUUUUCCUUGGGCAUCGUGGUCCAAUUGUCCGCCACCAUCUCUUCCUGCCCUUCGAACACAAUUAGAAACUUGUCUCGAAUCAAUGGCUGAAAAGGGUGUUAAACUUGGAAGUAUUAGCUCUCAGCAAAUCUUCAAGACCCUUUCCAAAUGGAACGGUAUGAAUACCUCCCUCAGGCGCAUUCUCCAAUCUGGCUCCAAUUCGAAUGUGGCACUGACAGAUAAGGCAUCUACUUCGGUGCUUUGGAACAGGGCGCUAUUUGCACUAUCUGCCAAACAAGAUGUCAAGGAGAUUGAUGAUGUUCUUGGAUUGAAAAAUGCACCUGUUGAAGAAUCUUCUUAUUUCAGGGAAGCUAUGGUGGCUCUAAAACUGGCCAAGGAGGUGGUUAAGGUUCAGGAAAGCUGGAGAGUCAAUGCUAUCGAGCAAAUGAAUCGUACAGGUGGAUUUUCACGCACUCUAGCAAACUCCGCAACUGAUUGGCCUUUUUUGCUUCUGGAUUUGUUAUCUUCAGCUGCUGAGAUUGGCCAUUUUCAGCCUAAGCUGGUGAUAAACAAUAUUGAACUACUAAGACAUGCUCUUCGGAAGGAUGAUACAAUGGUGCGUGGAUCUUUGUAUCAUGACAGCCUGAUAUGGAGAAUAAUUUGGUUAGGAGUCAACGAGAAGUGUUUGCCAGUUAUUUUUGUGACAUCUGAUUGCUAUUAUUCAUACCAAGCUUUCAAGGAUUUUGGGUUUGAUCAGAUUUUCAUCUCUCGCGAGACCUAUGGGUGGAGUCCUGCAGAAGCUAAAUUGCAUAUGGUUGCUGAUUACUUUAGUGUGUCUGAGUUGAAUCUCAUUCUUGAUGUGUUAGGACCAAAUCCUCGUCACUUAUUUGAGAUUUACGCCCUUAAACAAAGCAACUACUACCAAAAGACCGUGGAUGGCGAAGGUAGCACAUUUGAGGAUAUUGUGGAUGUCUAUUUAGCACAUCUGCAAGAAACAGUUGUUAAUCCGGCCAUGGAUAGAGCAUUGUCUCUCCUGGAGAAAUUUGCUAAUGAUGCACGGAGUGGGAAAAUUCCAAAGGACAGAAUGCGGUUUGGUGCUCCUUGGAGGCAUCCUCCUCGUGUAGAUAACCCCACCGAGUGCUCAGAGUGGGCAAAAUUACAGCUAUUGGAAUUUGUUCAUGCUUUUAUUAAUGCGGAAUUUGGGAUCAAUUAUUUAGCAGAAGACACACUUGAAAUAUUUGAGGAUCCUGCUGCACUUGCUCUAAUAGAGGUUGGUAUACUGUAUCUGCAAAGGGAUCCUUCCUUCCUUAGACCAAUUUCUAGAGGCAUCCAGAGAUGUCUUGCAAGAUGGUUUGUUCAAGAGCGUUUGCAAUUGAGCAGAUUAAACUCAUUCCGAUAUAUGUGGCAGCGACUCAUACGGUGUCGUAGCUAUCGCCACCUAAUGAAAGAAAUAGGAUACUACAAAGGCUGAUCCCUCAAAUAUUUACCGAUUUUCUUUUGGUUUUUGUAUUCAUGGAAUGAUACAUCUCUUUGAGAAGAGGGGAAUAAAUUGCCUUCAGUUAUUUGUUUUUGGAAGAGCAAUUAAAGAAGUUUAUGUGGAUAUAUUUUAUCAAUCAACUAUCAUUAUUAUUAUUAUUUUUUUCCGAAUAAUCCACUAUCUAUCCAUGAUAGUUUUAUUGCAAUGAGUUUGUAACAAUUGAUUGAUAGGGUGAAUGUAACAAUGUCUAAUGUAUUAAGAAACUUUGAUUGAGAAAUUAAAAGUUAUGCUAUGCUUGAUUUUGGUCUUGAA